AAAAAAGAAAAGAAAAACAAAUAAACAAAAAAUGGUAGACACCCAGUCAGUCAGUAGUCACACUAGAAGCAAGUCCACAGCCUUUUCUCUAGAGAGAGACCUGAUUAAUUUUCCAGUCGGAGAUGAAAUCGCCUUUGUGGAAGCUGACUAGAUUGGGGCUGAAUAAGACCGACCCGGAGGAGGCGGAGGAGAAUUCGAAUCACCGCCUUAAUUCGGUGCAUGUUGAUGGCCUUACUCAAGCUGCAAAGGAUAUGAAAGACAUGAGAACUUGCUAUGAUAGCUUACUUUCAGCAGCUGCUGCAACAGCAAAUAGUGCUUAUGAGUUUUCGGAGUCAUUGCUCGAGAUGGGGAAUUGUCUACUGGAGAAAACUGCAAUGCAUGAUGAUGGAGAAAGUGGAGUGGCAUUAACACUCCUGGGAAGGGUGCAGCUUGAACUUCAGAAAUUUGUUGAUAGCUAUCGGUCUCAUAUCAUCAUGACAAUUACACACCCAUCAGAAUCUCUCCUAAGCGAGCUACGAAAAGUGGAGGAGAUGAAAUUGCAAUCAGAUGAAAAAAGAGAGACGUUUGAAUACAUGGUGGGACAAUUGAGAGAAAAAGGAAAGUCACGACAUGGAAAGGGGGAGACUUUUACCUCAGAACAAUUGCAGGCAGUUCGUGAAGAAUAUGAUGAGGCUGCAAGGCUAUGUGUUUUCCGCGUGGAAUCAUUGAAGCAAGGGCAAUGCCGGAGUCUAUUGACACAGGCCGCUCGUCACCAUGCAGCACAGUUAAACUUUUUUCGGAAAGGACUCCAAUCUCUAGAAGCUGUUGAACCUCAUAUUAGAAAUGUUGCAGAAAAGCAGCACAUUGAUUAUGAGAUAUGCAAAGGGAAUGAUGAGGAAGAAGGGAAUGGUGAAGGGAACAGUUAUAAGACUAACGAAGAUGGAGAUUCAAAUUUUGACUAUAGUCCAAACGAGAAAGAGUCAGCCAAUACUAGCACAUCAAAGAACUCAAUGGAGCUGGAUCAGUUGGGUGCACAAACAUCAAGAAUGAAAAAUGUGGAGGUGCAACAACGUAGGGCGGGUAGUCAUUCUGCUCCAUUAUACGCGGAGAAGUUUGACUCUGCCGAGAAAAGGACGAUCUCCACACAGAAAUUAAACAGACAUGUGCUGCCCACUCCACAUGAUGGCAAGGGUUCAAUAACUAGCUCUAUACCCCUCCUAUCAAGCACCAAAGUAGUUGGUGGAAGCUCCAAAAAUCUGUGGCAUUCAUCACCUCUGGCUGUGGACAUUGAAAAGCAUUCAUCUCAAAUCCCAGCUGAAGAGAAGAGCAGAAACAAGCAUUUCCUCCCACUGCCCCCUCCUCCUCUGAUGACUGAGGGAUUCGAGACUCGGAAAAUCAAAACUCAAUCCUUCUCCGGUCCUCUAGUCGGCAAACCAUCGUCUAUUGAAGUUUGUGGUUCCUGGUCUUUGAAUGCUCCACCUCCUCCCCUUGUAAGUGAGCUUCAUCAACUCCCUAGACCCCCAGAUUAUUUUGGUUCCAAGAACAAGAUCAUGCAUACUGUCGGAGCUCCAACAGAUCAUAUGAAUUAUUCUUUAAAAAAAGGUUCUCCACUUCCACUCCCACAUCUAACUGUUUCUCGAAGUUUUUCCAUACCCUCCUCCUCCUCCCCCUCUAGUCUUCAGAGAGGAAUAGCCGACUAGCCUUUCAUUCAGGCAGCAAGCUAUUGAAUAAGCUCAUUCACCGCCGUUAACAUAUAUAUCCUUAUCAGACAAUAACUCACCCAACUCCAGACAGAUUACAGCUCAAGUGACAACAAGUUUAAGCAGUUAGGUCGAGUUCGAUUAUGUUUCACUGGUUAUCAUAUCAAGUCAAGUUACCCUAUGCUUAGAUUUCAGUCGUCUAUAUUUUUCUAAGCUUUGGUUAUUUUGGUUUUGAAGGAUGACAACAUUUACGUACCUUGAUGAUACGCGAUUAUACUAGUGGUGUGUUUGUAAUCUUCUUCUGAAUCCAAAUGUGAAAUUAUUUGUUAUUUGUAAUUAUUGACUA